GCCGCCGCUCCCGUUGGCCCGCCGCCCAAACCAAGCCGAGCCAACCCCGCCCGUGCUAUUUUCUUCUCCCGGCUUUCGCUGUUGGAUUCCCUAUUCUUGUCCGAUCCACCCCUCCUUUUCCCCUUUUCUGGUUGGCUCCCAUCAUCUCCUGACGUGUCCGCGUCGCUUGCUGGUCGGCCCGCCCGCCCACGACGCCAUCAUCAAGAACCGCCACAGCCCCUCCCCUUCCCCUCCCGCAAAGAUAGAAAUCUUGGGACCUUUUCGAGGUUCCAGAGGAGGAGGAAUCGUUGUGGUGGAGGUUGGGCAUUUGGGUACCAAAAGGGGGGCAAGACGGCGGCGGUAACGGCGGCACCGGUGGCGAUGGCGGCGCCGUCGGGGGGAGGAGCUGGCGGGUGCCUGGAUUGCCUGCAGGAUGUGGUGCGGGCGCUGGCGAUGGGCUCGUGCCUGCCGGCGGAUCAGCGGCCGCUGGACGGGACGGCGCUGCUGGGGAAAGGGGGAGGGUGUAGGAGGAGGGAGGAGGAGGCUCCCGGAAGGAUCGCCGGGAAUGGGGCGGGCAAUGCGGCCUGCCUGUUCACGCGGCAAGGGAAGAAGGGCACCAACCAGGACGCCAUGGUCGCGUGGGAGAACUUCAAUGGGAGAUCAGAUACAGUAUUUUGUGGAGUUUUUGAUGGUCAUGGUCCACAUGGCCAUCUCGUCGCGAGGACAGUAAGAGAUACUCUCCCUUCGAAGCUGUGUGAUUUGAUAUAUCAUGACUAUGGAGAGAGUCCAACCAGCAAUCAAGAUGGAUCGGUUAUCGAGGAGAUUUUAUCUCCAUAUGCAGAUGCAGACAACAAGUCUCCCACAGCAGCUGGACAGAAAGAAGAACAGCGAGAAUUGUUUGACUCAAUGAAAGAGUCAUUCCGAAAAGCUUUUAGAGUUACGGAUAAGGAGCUUAAAUUACAUCGGAAUAUAGAUAGCAUUUGCAGUGGAACUACUGCUGUUACUUUAAUUAAACAGGGCCAGGAUCUUAUUGUGGGGAAUCUAGGUGACUCCAGAGCUGUAUUAGGCACCAGAGAUCAGAAUGGUCGUUUGGUUGCCCAUCAGUUGACAGUCGACCUGAAACCUGAUCAUCCAAGAGAGGCUAGGAGGAUUAAGCGAUGCAAUGGAAGGGUCUUUGCUCAUCAGGAUGAACCAGAUGUUGCUCGCCUUUGGCUUCCUAAUUGCAACUCUCCUGGCCUUGCAAUGGCACGAGCUUUUGGUGAUUUUUGUUUAAAGGAUUUUGGGCUGAUCUGUGUACCUGAGGUCAGCUAUAGGCAAAUCACUGAGAAGGAUGAGUUCAUUGUCCUCGCCACUGAUGGGGUGUGGGAUGUUCUGUCAAACCAGGAGGUGGUGGAUGUUGUUGCUUCAUGCUCUGGCCAUUCUGCCGCAGCUCGUACUGUCGUUGAUUUGGCAAAUCAGACUUGGAAAUUCAAGUACCCAACCUCUAAAACUGAUGAUUGUGCAGCAGUCUGCCUUUUCUUGAACAAGGAUGCUGAGGCAGGUGAGUUGUCAGGGCAUUCUGUUGCUAACAAGGGAACUGGAUCUGGUCCAAGGAUGCCACCCCGAUUAAAGAACCCCAGGUACAAGAGUAAAAAGUUUAUUCCAGAAGACGCUGAAGAUGAAUGUGACUCAAAUAUAAGUGGUGAUGAGAGGUCGUUGGAGGGCUUUACCCGGUUGAACACGCUGUUGGUACUACCUAAGUUUGGUGACACAAGUCCAACGAAGAAAUAAAGCUUGCUGAUGAUAUGCGAGUCUGCAAUCAGCAGGCGCAUUCACUGACGUUCUGGAGACAAGAGCAUUGUCGGCUAUAUUAGCAUGCCUGGUGAGCUCCCGUCAAAAUUGUCGGUCUGCCUUAUCCAGGGAUGAGUAGGGUGGUUGUUUUUGUAAAUCCUAACUCGCGUUUCGUUACAAGUUCUUCGGCAUAAGUUCAGAGUCAACUUUCAUUAUGUUGAGAGUUGGCUUUGCCUUUUUGUAUGGCUGCUGCUGAAGUCAAGUUUAUCUGUCAAACAAUGUAUGGGUUAUGUGGUUUUCUCCUGGACAAAUCCUGCUUAUUCUAUUUAUAUCUUUAAUGUCAUAAAAACAAUUCGAACGUUCUCUUGGAAA